AUGGGCGCAGAGAGCACGAGGCCCCAGGACGGGGAUAGGGGGACAGUCUCGGGUGGGGCAGUUGUCUGCACUGAGUUCCCUGCACUGCGUGGAGAAAAUGACCACGAACUGUACAUCUCAGAACUGCUGAGAGUAAACUUCGGAUAUGGCAUGUUUGGAAGGUGCCAGAAGUUUCCAGCAACAGACUUACACAGCUAUGAAUUGUCCCCUGAGGCUCUGCAGCACCUGAGUGUCACCUGGCAGAAGCUCUCCCAAACAGGUCUCACAUGGCAGGAUGCGUAUACACAGUAUGUGAUGGCCCAGGAGCUUGCAAACCUCCCCAAAACCUACCCACGGCAUCCUGAAGCCUCCACACAAGCCAGAGCCUGGAAGCUGAGUGGCAGCUCGGUAGGGAGGCGUAGCCUGGGAGAUGACACAGCCCUAGCCAGGGCCCUGCAGCGCUACCUGCCAUACCUGGGGGCUCAGUCCCGGGACUCAGCCACCAACACGCACCUCAGGACAGAGCAUGGCAACCCCCCCAACGAGGGUGCCGACUCCCUCCCCGAGAGCAUCCUGACCUACAUGGCCCGCACCUCUGCACUGACCUAUCCUCCAGGGCCCCAGGCCCAGCUCCCCGAGGGCCUCCAGCUGCAGACCUUCAGCCAGGCCCAGCUUGAUGAGCUCAGCCCCAAGGUGGAUGGAGGCAUGGACACACAUCAUCUGGUGGCGGCCCUUGGUGCCUACGCUGCUCAGAGGCUGCCUGCGUCCUCUAGGGAGGGUGACCUGGGGCCACAGCACUUCCUGCAUGUGCCCCCACAAGUGCCCAGGCCCCUCUCGGCCCUAGCCACCUCCCAGAAGUGGCCUCUGCCUCCAGGAGACCCCAAAGAGAAGCCUGGCACUGGUGAAGGAGCCCUGAUGCAGAGCCUCCUGCGAGACCUGAGGAGGCACCAGGUGGACAUUGAGAGCCUGAGUCCUCUGGAGCUCAAUGAGACACCUGGCCUAACCACUGGAGUGGCUGGAGAUAGUAGAGUGCCCGACUACGAUGACAGCCCUUACGAAGAGGUCACUCAUCUGAGCGCCACACUUGGGGAUCUACUGCGGGAUCCUGGGGCUCGACUCGUGCCUGGCGCCCCUAGCCCUGCCAGGUCCUUCCAAACAGAAAUGAAGAAGUCAGACCACCCUGAGGCUUCCUUGUCUUCGGAAGAGGAGGAGGCUGGAGUGGAAAAUGUCCGGAGUCAGACAUACUCCAAAGACCUGCUGGAGAGGAAGCCUCAUUCGGAGCUCGCGGAGGACGGAAUCAGGGAGCUCCAAAGCUGGGUCCCGGGGACUCUGGAGGACGCAGCUCCUCAGGCAGGAGUGCGGGAGCCCCUUGACACAGGCCUGCAGCUGGAAGCCCAGACAUCAGAGGAGGACAACUGUGGCUACAUCCUGACGGACCACGACCCCCUGAGCCUGGAGAAGGGGAAGCAGCUGACUGAAGCCCUAGCCCACCUGCUGCACCUGCCAGCCAGCGCCUUCACCGACAUCGAUGUUUUGGGACCAGCGGUGACCUUCAAGGUGAGCACCAAUGUCCAAAACAUGACAACUGCAGAUGUCGCGAAGGCCACAGUUGACAACAAAGCUGAACUGCAGGAAGCCUCUGGACUGAGAGUUCUUCAAGCUGGAACCGGGGCGAGAAGCAAGCUCAAGCUUCUGCCUCAGCAGGCGGAGCCGGAGGAUUCGACCAAGUUCGUGGUGCUCACCCUGGUGUCCAUCGCCUGCAUCGUGGGCGUCCUCCUGGCCUCUGGCCUCAUCUACUGCCUGCGGCACACCUCUCACCAUAAGCUGAAGGAGAAGCUGUCGGGACUAGGGGGCCACGCAGGCACAGAUGCCACCACUGCCUACCAGGAGCUGUGCCGCCAGCGCAUGGCCGCACGGCCGCCCGACCGCCCAGAGGGCCCUCACGUGUCUCGUAUCAACAGCAUCUCAUCCCAGUUCAGCGACGGGCCCAUGCCGAGCCCUUCUGCACGGAGCAGCACCUCGUCCUGGUCUGAGGAGCCCGUCCAGUCCAACAUGGACAUUUCUACUGGCCACAUGAUCCUGUCCUACAUGGAGGAUCACCUGAAAAACAAGAACCGGCUGGAGAAGGAGUGGGAGGCACUGUGUGCAUACCAGGCAGAGCCCAGCAGCUCGUCCGUGGCCCAGAGGGAGGAGAACUUGCCCAAGAACCGCUCCCUGGCUGUGCUGACGUACGACCACUCCAGGAUCCUGCUGAAACCGGAAAACAGCCACAGCAACUCAGACUACAUCAACGCCAGCCCCAUCAUGGACCAUGACCCAAGGAGCCCUGCGUACAUUGCCACCCAGGGGCCCCUUCCUGCUACUGUGGCCGACUUCUGGCAGAUGGUGUGGGAAAGCGGCUGUGCGGUCAUUGUCAUGCUGGCCCCCCUCUCGGAGAACGGCGUCAGGCAGUGCCACCACUACUGGCCGGACGAAGGCUCCAACCUCUACCACGUCUACGAGGUGAAUCUGGUCUCUGAGCACAUUUGGUGUGAGGACUUCCUGGUGAGGAGCUUCUACCUAAAGAACCUGCAGACCAGCGAGACGCGCACGGUCACCCAGUUCCACUUCCUGAGCUGGUAUGACCAGGGAGUCCCUACCUCUGCAAGGUCCCUUCUGGAUUUCCGCAGAAAAGUAAACAAGUGCUACAGGGGCCGUUCUUGUCCAAUAAUUGUUCAUUGCAGUGACGGCGCGGGCCGGAGCGGCACCUACGUCCUGAUCGACAUGGUUCUCAACAAGAUGGCCAAAGGUGCUAAAGAGAUUGAUAUCGCAGCCACCCUGGAGCACUUGAGGGACCAGAGGCCCGGCAUGGUCCAGACAAAGGAGCAGUUUGAGUUUGCGCUGACAGCGGUGGCGGAGGAAGUGAACGCCAUCCUCAAGGCCCUGCCCCAGUGA